UCGUCGUCAGUCCCUCGCCGAAAGCCGGCUCGGUCGCGCGCCUCUCGUGCCUCUCCUCAACGCAGAGAGAAGACGGCUGUAGAUUAUUCCCAGUAAGCAGAUACCUAAGCAGAUAAGCCAUGGACCAAGUUUAACGGGACGAGUUUAUCGGUUGCUCUCCCCCCACAUUCAAAUUGCCUACUACGAAAGUGCGCCGAUCGUUACGUUACGUUACGUUACGUUAGGUUACGUUGUUGUUGCAAUUGCCUCCGGAAGCCAGUGAUCGAUUUUCCGACGUCGGCACACGUCGAAGGCCGACGUCCUCAGUGCACCCCUCAGCCCUCGCACCUCCAUCCCUCCACCCUCGGUACUCGCUGUUCACAAAUUGGUGGUUUCUCGCUGCGCUACGUGGUGCGCGUUUCCGCAUGCAAUCCACAGUUAUAUAUUGUAUUGGUGCAGGACUUUCCGGAUCUCCGCUCGAGCAAGCUUCGCUUCUUCCGGAUUCAUUGGAUUACACGGAAGCCCCCGGAGGGAGUGAGUCUCCAAGAUUCCGAUCGUAGGAUGGAUUCGUUGUCGGUGCAGGGAGCGCCGCGUUGAAGAGGGGCUCUCAAGAACUCUGUAGUGCAGGGUUCCUCGAGCUGCAGGUGUUUCAGCGUUCCCAAUUCGGAGGACGGAAGGUUGAACAAUCUCAGGAGGAAGUCGCGACGAUGCCAGCCUCUCAACCCGCCGCCUCGGAGCGGCGAACCGAUAAAAUGAUCACUCCGGAACCACCAAAGUUGAAGACGACCCUGAAAACACCCCCGAAACAGGCCACGAAUCCCUUGCAGUUCGUCAAAGUAGGACCAUGCGCACUUUACAGAACGGCGCAGGAACAACUGCAGAAGGUGGAAGAGGUGAAGAAAAUAAAACAGGAGGUGCGCGAGGAUCCUGAAGAUUGGCAAUCGAACCUAGACAAUUGGAAGAGUAGCCGAAGGAAGCGUCAGGAGCACAUCAUCGAACGCGUGGUUGAAGUAAAGAAACUCGAACUCGAGGAACACGACAGGCAACGACGCCGGAGUAAAACGUUCUCGGAGAUGAUGGAGGAGAGGGGCAACAGAGGAAGGAAAAUGAGCGUCGGACUGGCCGUAUAUCACGAGGAGGACGCCAACGAUUUGAGUGACCUCGGAAUCGGAACCAGCAGUGGAAAAAGUUCCGUCAGCGGAGACACUCACGACGACGCGCACAGCGUGCUUAGCGACAGGGACAGCGAGAUCGAAAAAAGUCACUCAGACGUGGACAACGCUGCGAGCGAGAACGGAAACAAUCGCACAAAUGCGACUACGUUUGAGAACGAAUUUCACAAUAAUCGUAACCACAAUCAGCAAGAGUAUGACUCGGCGACGACCGCAACUGCGAGUUCUCCUGAGCCGGAGGAGUACACCUACGAAGGUGCGAUUCGGGGUUACGUCUCUAGAGUCUCCCAGAAUAUACCCAGAAGGUCUCUCGUCGAGCUCGACAACAAGGUUGAAUCGAGUAGCUCGACGUCGAAGGAGAACGUUUCGAAGACGGAACUGAGUGACGAGACCAAGGGACCGCCGGUCGUCAAGGUUGACAUUCUGAAGAGGCGAGAGAUCUUCGAGAAGGCAUCGCAGCAGAGUUCUGAUGGCAAGUCCAACAGGCUGUCGGGUGACUUCGCCAGUUCAAAGUCCAUAAAGGAGCGACUGUCGAAUUUAGAAAAACAUAAGAACGACGGUGGAAACCUGGAAAAGAGCAACAAGAACUUGAACAGACUUUCCGGCGACAUGAGUUCGAUCCGCGAGCGACUGACACACCUGGAGAAAAAGACGACCGAGCGAGAAAUGAAAAAUGCUAAGAAGUUAGCAAUCGACAGCAGCAACGGGGAGUUGGACAACGUUCGCCCUUUGAGGGAGAGGCUAUCAACCUUGGAGAGGUACUCGAGCGGCGACGAGUCCGGCACCACAGCUGCAGGCGUGACGGCAGCGGGCCGCGAAUCCCGUCAGAAUGGUGAUUUCUCGGUGACAUCGAUCAAGGAUCGUCUCAGUGCACUGGACGCCGCGAGGAAUAAGGAGGUCGACAAACGUACCGUGGCUAAGCAUACCCUGGCCUACAGAGAUAACGAGACAAGGAUCGAAACGUCGACACCGAGCGAAAGAAGUUCUUCGCCAGAUUCCGAGUAUCGUGUUCCGAGGGCUCCGUUCCACCGCAGCCUCGAUUCCCUGGACGCUGACGCUUCCAGCGGACCGGACACUUUCGAACGAGUGCAAAGCCUCGAGGAGCUGGACUACACCCGACGUUAUCCAGCCUCUUCGUCCUCCACCGAACUUUUGAACGACACCGAUCGCGAGGACUCGGGAAUACACACCGCCGACGUGAGCUGCUCGGUCAGUCAAGCCGACGAGCCGAUCGACGAUGAAAUAGUCCUUCCGGUUGGACGGCAAGAAAUAAUAGAGGAGAAGCCCGAACCGCUACCGAACGACGCUGAAUCCGAAAAUGUACCGGAAAACGUCGAGGAGACACACGUUGUGCAGCCUCAGACAGCUGAACCAGAGGAGAUUAUUGCUAAGGAUCCGGAACCAGCAACACAAAAGGAAACUGCUGAAACCUCUGGGGAUCUGUCUGCUAACAAAUCUUGUCCUCCUCGGCCAAUGGUAAAAAUAACCACUAACACCAGCAGCGCACUUCCCGAACUUCCAACCUCCCCUCGACCAAUCGUGUACCAAAGUCCAAAGGUCCCUCCUAGAAGAACACCUCCGCAAACACCCACUCCGAAGCCAAAGCCCCCUUGCACCACCGAUAACUUAAAUUCGACGAGCGUUUCUCGUCAAACAGUUACCGAACAAUCCCUGAACAAUAGCAAUAUCGAGGAGGUGAAUGAUACCCGGAGUGUAUUACGGCUGGAAAGUGAAAGCCCGUCGGAGAAUGAUCGCGAACAAGAUACCGAAAAGUCCAACAUUCUUCAGCCACUGGUGCUGAAUGUUGUACCAAAAGAUAACGGUUCCUUGACACCCACGCCUUCCGAUUCACCUGAGGUAACAACAGUCGCCUCGGCUCCCCAGUCCUUGACUCUGAGAUCACCGUCCAAGAUACCAACCCCUUUGCCGCGAAAAACGGUAAAUUUCAAAUCGUCGCCGAGCUCCAGUCCCCCAAAUUCGCCAACGUCUCCGGACACGAACACCCAGUCUAAACUGCCUACCGUGAAAGUUCGAAGUUCUUUAGUAAAGUCUAACAAUUCGUCCUCGGAAGUAGAAACGACCGGGAAUCCUUGCGCGUCACCAUCGCUUGACGAGAAACCCGGGAAUGAUUCUACCGUGUCUUUGGAGAUGAACGAUAAUCGUGAAUCCCCGAAAUCCCAAAUUCCAGUGUCCGUCCCUCAGCCUUCCACUCCUCCGGCGAUGAUAACCACCCUAAGGCAGAAAUCAUCGGGUGAGAGGCGACAGACGGUGGUGGAAGUUUGCGAAAAGGUGUCGGUCCCACAGGGCGAAGCCUUGGUUUCUCCACCGGUAACGCCGUUCAUCACAGUCGCCAGGGUAGGAGACAACGAACACUACGAGGAAACCUCCGCCUCCUUGGAUAUCGUCCAAGAAUCGAACAGAGUCACCUCACCGAUUGAAACACCUCAUCUCUCGCACGAUCGCGAUUUGCUUCCGGAAGUUGACGAUACGCGGAACGAACCGGCGAAGGCAGCAAGCGCCCCAGGAGCAGCUGCGCAGGAGGAAGUACCUCGACCUCUGACCUUAACAUUUGGCAAGGCAUCGUUGACGGCCGAAGAGAUGGAAAUCCUCAGUCCAUUAUCUCCUACGUCAAAGCAGAUUUUGACCCUGAAUCUCUCGAGCGACGAAGAAAUUGUGACGAGUAGCCUCGCCUUUCCCCUUGGACCACCGACGAGCGUUGAACCUCCAAAGGAAAAGCCACCCCCGCCACCGGUGGAUCUCAGCGACGAGGAAGGCGUCCUGGUCGAACCUUUGCGCCGACUGAACUCCACGAGAAGAAUCAAGAAAGAGCUGCGCACGAGGCGAUCGGACUUUCUAGGGAUCGAGGGGGGUAACGACGAGGACUUGGAGCGAGAACUGACCGUUGCAAAACCGCCGGACAUGGCAGCGAUUCUUGCCGAAGAAAGACGCGUCGAGCAACUUCAUCGCCGUUCCUACGACACGGACAGCAACUACGAACAGGACUCGAACCACGAACGUGACUCCGGAGUCGAACUCGGUCAUGCCGAGGAUUGGACCAAGCAGACCAUCAGCCCCGACAUGUCGCAACACAGCCGACAGAGCAGUGAACCCUUCGGCGCCAGUGUGACAUCCUCGGAGGAGGAUGAGAUCACGAAGAAGGAAAGGGAGAUCAUCGAGGUGCUGGAGAAGGAAGAACAGUGGAGGUACGGCAACACUGGCGAGGCAAACAGUGACAUUAUAGGCGAGAAGCUGGCCCACAAGCUGCGCGAGCUGGAGGAGGAAAAGAUGCAGCUGGAGCGUGAGCGUGCUCAAGAGGUGGAACUCCGCCGUCAGGAAGAUACGCUGCGGAAAAAUGACGAGAAUAUUCGCAAGCAGGAAGAGGUGCACCGUAAACGGGAAGCGGAAACGGUGCGGCAGGAGGAAACUGCAGCCGCCAUCGCUGAAGCGGAACGACGACGGGCUGAGACGCGUUGCGUCAAGGAACAGCUCAAAGCCCAAGCGGAAGAACCCGAGGAAAAAGAAAGGUGGAGCGCUGAAACAAGACGUCAAGACUCUGAGGUACGAUUGAGGACGAUCGAAAAUCAGAUACGGGAUCAAGAGAACAAGGCGCUGAGUACUGGUUUGGUUGACCUGAGCUGUCACGAGGACGAAUAUGCUUCUGGGGAAGUACUUCGUGUGGAACGGGAGCUUCUUCAGCUUGAACAAGAGGAGCUGAAGCGGCAGCGUAGCAACUUGGCAUAUCGUGAACAGAAGCAACAGAAGCUCGCAGAGCAGCUGCGGGAGCAGUGGAAGUCCAUGCAGGACGUUGUGCAGGCGCCUGUGAACACUCCGUCGAUUCAGUUCAAGGCCCUACCUCCCGUCAAUUACAGGUCCUCUAUGCCAAACCUCGAGGACAGUCAGAGACGGAAACUACCACCACCCCCGAUACCACCUGCGAAACCCCUGAGAUUGGUGGAGCAGAGGCAACGAGACGUUACAAUAAGGAGCAGCCGCAUGCCGUCGGCAGAUUCCAUUCCGCAACAGGUCGACGCGUCAUUGCGUCACAGCGCCUCCGCAACUACUUUGUCGAAUCAUGCUGGACAGCAGAUGACCAGGCAGACCCUCCAGGCUCUCAGCGCGGCGCCGAGGCCUCGCAUCGUUCAAGGCGAUCAGUGGGUGCAGCGGAGAAAAAGCGACGUCCCGAGGGGUGCCCAGGACAUGAAUUAUCAGCACUGGCUCGUCCAGGAGGCCGAACAGCGUCGUAUAAGUGAACAGAAUCAGCGAUCACCAAGAAAGGUUCAAUCUCACGUUACGGGGACUUCGGUUCCGUACAGCAUGCAAUGUGCUUCGCCGAGAGUCCAGGACAACAAACCACUCCCAGAUUCCAUAAUUCAAACGUUGACCCAAAGAGUGCAGAACCGAGCACAAGAGAAACCUCUACCUCCACGACGAAGAUUGGAACACAGCUCGAGCCACGAGCACAUAUCUGCUCAACAUCAGGCCCAACAACCACUUCAACCUCAGCAGCAGAGAGCUCAGCAACAAAUAACGACCAACAGCGCAGAAUCCCAAGAAAAGAUGCUCAGCGUUAGCGGGAAGAAGAAAUGUUCGCACUGUGGUGACGAACUCGGUCGUGGUGCCGCAAUGAUAAUCGAAAGCUUGAGAUUAUUUUACCACAUGGAAUGCUUCAAGUGCUGCGUCUGUCACGUCCGUCUCGGCGACGGUCGGAUGGGCACCGAUGUACGUGUACGGAAUCACAAACUCCACUGCCACAACUGCUAUUCCAGUGACGAUGGUGUCAAAUUCAGCUGUGUGUAGAAAUUUGGGCUAUGGAUCUAAGCUGACUAACUUGAAUAUAGCGUGUUUCGGCUAUAUUUUAUAAGGUGUAGUUCGCUACUUUGCUAUUUAAGUCCCUUCUUCGGCAGGGUGUAUCGAUAUAUUAUAAUGGCAUAACAUGAGUUCUCUCGCCCCCCUUUGUCCAUUUCUUUGUAUCAUUUUUUUUUUCCUUUUUGUUUUGUUAAUGUUGUAAAUAUCUGCCGCAUAUGUACGAAUCCCUAACAGAGGACUUUGAUUUUUAUUUUCUUCUACGUCAAGUGUUAUAUGUAUAAAUAUACUAUGUAGCUGAACACUGAUAUAAAAUAUUGAAUAGGUGUGUUACUGUUUUACCUAUGUAGUACUAUAAUUAUUACCAUUACGUCAGAGUUUUGACGCAGUGUGUAACUACAGUUUUGUAAGAGAGAAAUUGUUUUAAUUAUUGUUGAAACUAACCAAUGUACAUAGCGUGUAUUUAUGUAAUUAAUUCAGUGAUAAUAAUGAGUAUCUUUAAGAAUACAUCCCGUCGAAUCGGGAGAUCAGCGGUCACAAAAAAAGUACCGUGGUACAGAGACGAAACGUUGCAUCGCUGAUGCUUCGGUUUCGUGCGAACAACUAAAAUCAAGAGCGUAGUAGGGUGUAAAAUUUGUGUAAUAUAAGGAAUGUGAUAUUUAUCGAAAAAUAUACUUUUCAAAAUGAGUUGUGCAAGGACAGUAAUGAGUACAACUCAAGAUUCUCGCUGAAUGAAUCAUGGAAUUCAAAGUGUCGACGUGAGCUGUGUGUGAAAAAUCAAAUCAUUUACCAAUACUCGCGAACCGAGAAUCUUAAUACACCCUAGCUUGUAUAGAUGUAUUUAGGUACAUUUUCUAUGAGUAGAAUGUUGAUUGGUGGAAAAAAAAAUGAUACCCUCUGGCCGGGAACGCGUUUCCCUUUAAAUUUAAAUGAUCGAAAGCUACCCUGAUCUUGAAACUCUCGGAUCAAGGGCUCAAUGACACGUGAACAAUGUCAUCGUUAUUUUAAAUGAUACUAUACUUAUUAUAAUUAUUAUUGUGAAAUAUUGUAAGAUACCUGUUUUAUGUUAUUAUACAGCGUGUAAUUUUAUAUUAACAAGAGAAAUAAAUGUUUAACUGUAGUCCUCGAAGGUACCAGAU